AUGGCUGAGGUUAAACGAUCGUUGAUUGAGAUUAAAAAAGAGAAGGACGAUGACGACGACGAAGAGGAAUCUGGUGAUGCAGAAACUAAUCCAGAAACUAUUGGAGAGUUUUGUAGAAGACAAGCUAGAAAUAUAUUGCAUUUUUUGGUGGAAGAUUGGUGCCUCUCCGGUCUUCUUGGAAUUAUUACCGCUGUACUGUCUGUUGGGAUGGAUGUACUCAUCGAACAGCUACAGCACUUGCAUGUUUACUUGUAUGAUAAAGCCGUUUUGAUUAGCGAUUAUUUGGCGUUGUUUCAAUGGUUAGCACACGAAAUUUUACUGACAUUCUUUGCUGCAGCCGCCUGUUAUUUCCUUUCCAAACAAGCUGUUGGUUCUGGUAUUCCGGAAGUAAAGGUAAUUAUGCAUGGCAUGAAAAUGAAGAACUAUCUAACAGUAAAGACAUUGGCAGCAAAGAUGACGGGUUUGACACUGGCAAUGGGUAGCGGUUUACCAAUUGGUAAAGAGGGUCCAUUUGUGCAUAUUGGAGCAAUUGUUGCAACGCUGUUAAGCAAACUGACACAUUCGUGUCAGUAUUCAGCAUUUUUUUCAAACGAAGGUCGUGAAACUGAACUGUUGUCAUCGGGUUGUGCUGUUGGUAUUGCCUGUACAUUUUCGGCACCAAUUGGAGCUGUUUUAUAUGCCAUAGAAUCAACCUCAAAAUAUUUUGCUGUGAAAAAUUAUUGGCGAAGCUUUUUGGCAGCCACAUGUAGCGCAAUUGUAUUUCGUUUCGCAAAUUUCUUCGUUACAGCAGAACAAAGUGGAACAAUUACGGCUUUCUAUCAAACAAGUUUUCCAACAGAAAGUUUUUUGAUUGAAGAACUGUUAGCAUUCGCACUUCUUGGCUUAAUCAGUGGAUUAGCUGCAGCGCUUUUUAUCUUUACGCAUCGUCGAAUUUCGCUAUUUCGACAAAAGAAUAAAAUUUUUAAAAUGAUUUUCCGAAAAAACUUUUUUACAUUUACGAUUUUUAUGGCUGCUGUAGUUGCCAUUCUAACGUAUCCAAAAGGUUUUGGAUUAUAUAUUGCUGGAAAGUUAACAUUUCGUGAAACUAUGGCAGAUUUUUUCAAUAACUGUACAUUAUUUACCCACAAUAUAACCAGUGUACAUUCAUGUCCAGAAAGUCUAUUAGCACAUUGGACGAAUGGUGAAUCUGGUGGACUUAGCAUAUUCCUUUCACUUACCUGUUACCUUAUCACUUAUUUCUUUUUGGUUGCAAUAUGCAUCUCAAUCAGUGUACCAGCCGGUGUAUUUGUACCUUCAUUUAUUAUUGGAGCUUGUGGUGGACGACUUAUGGGUGAAGCAAUGGCAUAUGUUUUCCCAAGUGGACUUCGCGGGGUUGGCGGUCCACUGAUUUAUCCCGGUUUAUAUGCUGUUGUUGGUGCUGCUGCGUAUACCGGUGCUGUAACACACACACUAUCUGUAGCAGUCAUUAUAUGUGAACUAACAGGCCAACUUGCUCCAAUUCUUCCUGUUUUGAUUGCAAUGCUGAUGGGUAAUGCAAUAUGUAAGUUUUUGCAACCAUCAAUAUACGAAAGUAUCAUUCGAAUCAAGAAGUAUCCAUAUCUUACCGACCUUCCACCUUCUCGUAUUAGUGUACAUACUGUAAAAGUGGAACAAAUAAUGGUCAAAAAUGUUGUUUAUAUCACUAAAACAACUACCUAUAAGGAACUGAGAGAAAUUCUUCAAUCAGCACCACGGCUGAAAAGUUUUCCAGUUGUCACAGAUCACAAGUAUAAAAUAUUGUUGGGUUCUGUAGCCAGAAAAUAUUUAAUUGUUUUGUUAAAACGUUAUGCCGCUGAAGAGUUUGGUGGUAGAUUAACGAAGAAACGAACGACUGAUCUAUUUAGUUCAAUCAAAAGAUCGUCUAUGAGACUAUCUCGACGGUCAUCACGUCGUUCAGUCACUGAAGGUACCCCACGUCAUAGUGUCAUUAAGGAAGAGACGGUUGACGAACGUUCAGUUGGAGGCACUAUUACCGGAAAUACUUUGUUGGCAAUUUCACCUCUUCAUGCUCCAAACAUAGUGCCAUUGGCUGCUUUGUUCACAAGACCAAGUGCAGCCGAGCUGAAGAACGAGGACGGCCACAAAAUGGACAAAGAAGAAUUACUAAGCAGGGUGAUUGACCUGGAUGAAGUUGCAAUUGAUGCAGCACCAUUUCAGCUGGUUCUAGGAUCCUCUUUGUACAAAGUACAUUCCUUAUUUUCUCUACUCGGUUUGUCUCACGCUUAUGUGACGGACUGUGGCCGACUAAUCGGUGUAAUAGCCCUUAAAGAGUUACGUGAUGCAUUAGCAAAUAUUUACGUGAGAGGAGCAGUUCCUGCUAAGGUUGAUCGUCGUUUGACAUCUAGCGGAUACUACCUUUCUCGGAAUUCUGACGAUACAUGGCUGAAAAAUGAGGAUACGAUAAGGACAAUUUCAAGCCGUUAUGAAAACAGCAUAAAAGAUUUUGGGAACGACGAUACAAUGAAAUCGUCAGCAUAUGGUGUUACCUUGACAGUACCAAGCACCAACAGUAUGCAAUAG